GGUUGGCAACACUGCUUGUGCUAGUUUGACGUUUGACGUUUCUGUGGUUCGGUUGUUUGUUUUUAGUUCGCAACCAGAAAUUUCGACUACUUCGUCAUUUUAAACAUUCAAAACAACUUCUCAGUGUUUAUUCGAACCUAGUGUUGUACAGCUACAACCCCAGAACACCUUCACAAACCCCCAUAACCUAACCUAAAAUGCCCAAAUACUACUGCGAUUACUGCGAUACCUACCUCACUCACGACUCCCCGAGCGUGCGAAAAACCCACUGCACUGGUAGAAAACACAAAGACAACGUCAAAUUCUACUACCAGAAAUGGAUGGAAGAGCAAGCCCAGCAUUUGAUCGACGCCACAACAGCCGCCUUCAAAGCCGGAAAGAUCGCAAACAAUCCGUUUGCUCAACCAGGUAAAGGCGUCGCUAUCCCGCCUCCUGCCCAACUCACGAUGGGCCAGAGGCCCGGUGCGCCCGGCGCACCUGGAAUGAUGCCCCCAACAAUGGGACCUGGUGGACCCAUGCCACCAAUGAUGAUGGGGCCGCACGGACCCAUGCCCCCCAUGAUGGGGAUGCGACCGCCAAUGAUGGGUAUGAUGCCCAUGGGACCAAUGGGCCCCAUGGGGGUGCGGCCGCCCAUGGUCAACCCGCCGCCGCAAAUGAAAAGUUAAGACGAGUAUGUAGAUUUAGGGUGUGUAUAUUUAGGUUCUAGGUUUAAAUAAAGUGAUUUUUUUUAA